UGACCAAAAUAAACACACAUUUAAAUUUAAAUGUCAUUCACACACUGGAUAAUAAUCAAUAUAUAUUCUUUCAUUAUUUUCAACUCAUUCAUUUGAGAAAAACAUAUCAUACCCACUAAAGAAAAGCAAACAAAUUAUGUCAUAUUCUAUUAUCAAAUUUCUAAUUAAAUCGGAGCACGAGAGUAACCCAACUGGCAAUCCCGGAGCUCCCAUCUCGCCUCUACUCCAUCCCCCGCUCCUCCAUAUAAAGCCCACAAAACCAAACCCCUUUCACCACACAACCAAAGCAAAUUAGAGAAAGGGAGAGGAAGAGAGGUCAGAUCCGCCGGAGGGCAAGUCGAGAGAAAGAGAGAGGGCGGGCAAAGAAAAAGAGAGGAAAGGCAAUUUCUUUUUUGUUGUUUUUGUUUUCGGGGACUCAAAGCUCCAAAAACAGAAACAAUGGGAGGUUGGGCUAUUGCAGUGCACGGUGGCGCUGGGGUGGACCCAAAUCUCCCUCUUCAGCGACAGGAAGAGGCCAAACGCCUCCUCACUCGUUGCCUCAAUCUCGGCAUCUCUGCUCUCCGCUCUAAUCUCCCCGCCAUUGACGUCGUUGAACUCGUUGUUCGGGAACUGGAAAGCGAUCCCCUGUUCAAUUCCGGGCGAGGGUCUGCCCUAACGGAGAAAGGUACGGUGGAGAUGGAAGCCAGCAUCAUGGACGGCACCAAGCGGAGGUGCGGUGCCGUUUCGGGCGUUACCACCGUAAAGAACCCAGUCUCACUCGCCCGCCUCGUCAUGGACAAAUCCCCUCAUUCUUACCUCGCCUUCUCCGGCGCCGAGGACUUUGCCCGGCAACAGGGAGUUCAAAUGGUGGAGAAUGACUACUUCAUCACGGAGGAAAACGUCGGAAUGUUGAAAUUGGCCAAGGAAGCCAACUCCAUCAUGUUCGACUACAGAAUCCCGCUGCCAAGCACCUGCAGCGCUGGAGCAGCAGCAGCAGCAGCACACAACCCAAUCCGCAUGAACGGCCUGCCGAUCAGCGUCUACGCCCCGGAGACCGUGGGCUGCACGGUGGUGGACAGGCAAGGCCGAUGCGCCGCCGCCACGUCAACCGGCGGCCUGAUGAACAAGAAGAUCGGGCGGAGCGGGGACUCGCCGCUGAUCGGUUCGGGCACCUACGCAGGGAAGCUCUGCGGCGUGUCGUGCACAGGGGAAGGCGAGGCCAUCAUCCGAGCCACCCUGGCGCGCGACGUGGCGGCGGUGAUGGAGUACAAGGGGCUCGGCCUCCAAGCCGCCGUGGACUUCGUCAUCAAGGAGCGGCUGGACGAAGGGAAAGCCGGGCUGAUCGCGGUUUCGAACAAGGGCGAAGUGGCGUGUGGGUUCAAUGCCAACGGGAUGUUCAGAGGGUGCGCCACUGAAGAUGGGUUCAUGGAAGUUGGGAUCUGGUAAACUAAAAAUCAAAACUUUGCAACAAAAAAGAUGCAAUCUUUAGGGGUUUUGAUGGAUGGGUCUCUCUGUAACUUAGUAAUCAAUUAGUCUCCCUCUCUUAUGUGUCGCCUUUGAUGAUCUAAAGCGGGCGCGUUAGUUAGCGUGUCAAUAAUGUGGAGGGAGGAAGUUCUCUAUCUCUAUUGUGCUUUGGUUGGAUUGUAAUCUUCUUCAUUGGGUUUCCGAUCAAUUGUGUAUUUCUGCCCCCAAUUUACUGAUGUUAAUACUAAGGCGGUGCAGCCUCUACCUUCAUCUCCGUUGCAAGCUUUCAUGGUCACAACUCUGGAGAUAAUAGUC